AUGGUAUCAGGAAACCAAACACAAUUCAUUGAAUUUAUCCUCCUGGGAUUUUCUGAGAAGCCAGAUGAGCAGGGGCCCCUCUUUGGGCUGUUCUUGGGCAUGUAUUUGGUCACAGUAGUUGGAAACCUGCUCAUAAUGUUGACCAUUGGCUCCAACUCUCACCUCCACACUCCCAUGUACUUCUUCCUUUCCAACUUGUCCUUUGUGGAUAUCUGCAUGGUAUCCACCACAGUCCCCAGGAUGUUGGUGAGCAUCUUGACACAAAACAAGGUCAUCUCCUAUGCUGACUGUCUUGCCCAGAUGUACUUCUUUAUUGUUUUUGCUGCUUUGGACAAUUUCCUUCUCACUGCAAUGGCCUAUGACCGUUUUGUGGCUAUCUGUCACCCUCUUCGAUAUACGACCAUCAUGAGCCCUCAUCUCUGUGGCCAGCUGGUGCUGCUCUCCUGGAUCAUAAGCUUUCUAAACUCCCUCCUUCAUAGUUUGAUGGUAACGCGCCCCAUGGUACCAGGAAACAAAACACAAUUCAUUGAAUUUAUCCUACUGGGAUUUUCUGAGAAAUCAGAUCAGCACAGGCCACUCUUUGGGCUGUUUUUGGGCAUAUAUUUUGUCACAGUGGUUGGAAACCUGCUCAUAAUGUUAGCCAUUGGCUCUGACUCUCACCUCCACACUCCCAUGUACUUCUUCCUUUCCAACUUGUCCUUUGCAGAUAUCUGUGUGAUAUCUACCACAGUCCCCAAGAUGUUGGUGAGUUUCUUGACACAAAAUAAGACCAUCCCCUAUGGUGACUGUCUUGCCCAGAUGUAUUUCUUUAUGUUUUUUGUUACUUUGGAAAAUUUCCUCCUCACUGCAAUGGCCUAUGACCGUUUUGUAGCUAUCUGUCACCCUCUACGCUACACAGCCAUCAUGAGCUCUCAGCUCUGUGGGCAGCUGGUGCUGCUCUCCUGGCUCUCUGUUGUUUCCUUAUUCUAUGGCACAGGAUUUGGGGUAUAUUUGAGUUCCUCUGCUACCCACUCUUCCUGGAAGAGCCCAGUUGCCUCAGCAAUGUAUACUGUGGUCACCCCCAUGUUGAACCCUUUCAUCUAUACACUAAGGAAUAAGGACAUAAAAGAUGUCCUUAGGAGGCUCAUUAGCAGAAUAGCCUCCUCUCAGUGA